UAAUUGUCGUCUUGAAAUUUAAUCAUUUAAAAAGUAUUCGUAUUUAUAUGAAUCUUGUGUUUGAUCAAUUUUUAAAGUUGGUAUGUGAGGAUAAUGCAAACUCAUAAAUAAAAAUCGUAUCAUUACUUCCAUUUUAUAUUAACUUAUAUUUAUUUAUAGUAUAUUAUUAACCAAUAACAAUGAAAGAACGCUAUCAAAAACAGAAGUUUUUAAAAAAUUUUGGGCUACGUCCGAAUAAAAAUUUUAGAUAUCAUGAUAACGACGAUUCAACAAUCAAUAUAUGUGAUCGCGUUUGUUUUUAUUAUUAUGAUGAUAAUUCUGAAGUGAUAUGCCGUGGAUGUUUUAAUAACUUUUCAUCUUGGUUAGAAUUUCGAAAACAUUUUACUUCAACCUUUUGCUCUACUACCAAAAGUCACUAUAAGUUUAAUACAUAUAAUGAUGUAUAUAAAAAUUAUAAAUUAAAAAAGGCAAAAACUAAAAAGAAGAUAAAUGAUUGUUUAAGUGCAGCACACCUAAUGGAUUUUGAAACUUUAAACACUCGUAAAACUCGUAAAAGAUGUUAUAUCAAUACUAGAGUUACUGAAAAUAAGACAGCAAAAUCAAUUUCUUCAAUAGAAGAUUCAAAUACGGAUUUAUCACCUUGUAAUUUAUUUGAAAAAGAGACUUCAGAAAAUUUCAAAAACAUUUCCCUUGAAUCAAUUGAAAAACCUUAUUUUAAAACUGAAAAUAACUAUAACACCAGUUCAGACUUCAAUAUCAUAAAUUGUACAACAAAAUGUAAUUCUAAUGAAUUAACAAAUCAGUUGAUUCUAUCUACAAAGAGAGAAAUUAAGGAUGAUUCAUCCUUAUCUUUUGAUAAAGGAAAGACUUUAUCUUUAGGUAUUUCAAAUAUUAAAAAGAAUGAAAAUUGUUCUUCAAACUACCAGUAUUUUUGUGUUAUUUGUGAUGAACGGUUUUCAAGCAAAUGUUUACUUACUGUUCACCAAGUACAACAUAUCAAGUCUGAUCGUAGUAGUUAUGGAGUUUUUAUGGCUGCAUUAGCCAGGUCUGCUUAAAUUUUUAAAAGUUUAUCCUAGCUCUAUUCCCCAUUAAUUUAAUUAUUUCAUCUCGUGAGAAAUAAAAAAUGCCAGGAUUUUAUUUUGAAAAUAUUCUAUUAAUAAUUAAUUUAAUGUAGUUUGUUUUGUUCAUCAUAAAUUGUUUUUGUAAUGAUAUUUUCCCUUUAUAAAUUUGAGUUCCUCAAUAUGAUGUUAGCCUACUGAAUGUUUUUUUUUUUUGUGAACAGUAUGUAUUUAUAUUUAUAAUAAAAUAGAUAAGUAACCUAAAUAUCAACAAAUCAAUCUUUUAUUAUAUAUUUAUUCCUUUUAAUCAAAUUUUUUAAAUAAUUGUUUUUUUUGUAUUAAAUCCUUUAAAAAAAAUUUAUAUCAUUAUUCAAGUUAAUCAUAAAUAAGAUUAAUGAUAAGGUCUUAUAAUUACAACUGUAUUUCAUUAGAAGUAACCAUAGCUUAUUGAUACUUUAGUGAAAAUUUUUUUGUUAUGAAUAGUGAG